AUGUCUCUUCUCAUCAAAAAUGGAACAAUUGUCAACGAUGAUUCCAUGUUCAAAUCGGAUGUUUUGGUACUAGAUGGAAAGAUUGUUGAAAUCUCUCCAUCAAUCGAGCCACUCCCGGGACUUGAAAUCGUAGAUGCAACUGAUCGUCUUGUGAUUCCAGGAGGUAUUGAUCCUCAUACUCAUAUGCAACUUCCAUUUAUGGGAGAGAUUGCUAAAGAUGAUUUCCAUCGAGGAACCGAGGCUGCAGUGGCUGGUGGUACUACUAUGAUUAUUGACUUUGUGAUUCCAACGAAAGGGGAAUCUCUUCUAGUUGCUUAUGAUCGUUGGAGAGGAUGGGCUGACCCAAAAGUAGUCUGUGAUUAUGGAUUGUCUAUGGCCAUUACCAGUUGGGGACCGGAAGUUGCAAAGGAAAUGGAAAUGGUCACUAAGGCUGAUUAUGGUAUCAACUCCUUCAAAUUCUUCCUCGCUUACGCUGGAGUCUUCAUGGUUCGAGAUGAAGAGUUCUACCAAGGAAUGAUCCAAUGUGCUAAACUGCGUGCUCUUGCUCGUGUUCAUGCUGAAAACGGAGCAGUUAUUGCUGAAAGAUGUGAGCAUCUCUUGUCUUCUGGAAUCACUGGACCAGAAGGACAUACUCAAUCGAGACCUGAGGAAUUGGAAGCUGAGGCUACUUUCCGUGCAUGCACUAUGGCUUCUCAAGCAAACUGUCCAUUAUAUGUUGUUCAUGUCAUGUCAAAAGGAGCUGCCGCUGCUAUUGCUCAUCAUCGAAAGAAGGGAGCUGUCGUGUUCGGAGAGCCAAUUGCAGCUGGAUUGGCAACUGAUGGAAGUCAUUAUUAUCAUGAAGACUGGCUUCAUGCUGCUCGAUAUGUCAUGUCUCCACCACUUUCUCGUGAUCCAACAACACCAAAUGCUCUCAUGAAAUUGUUGGCUGCUGGAGAACUUCAUUUGACAGCUACUGACAAUUGUACUUUCGAUUGUCAUCAGAAGUCUCUUGGUAAAGAUGAUUUCACGAAGAUUCCAAACGGAGUGAACGGAGUUGAGGAUAGAAUGUCAGUUGUUUGGGAUAAAGGAGUACAUGCUGGAAUCAUUGAUCCAAUGAAAUUUGUGUCUGUUACUUCUACAAUGGCAGCAAAAAUCUUCAAUUGUUAUCCACAAAAAGGAAGAAUCGCAGUUGGUUCUGAUGCUGAUAUUGUUAUUUGGAAUGAUAAAGCAACUCGGGUUAUUUCGAAGGAUACUCAUCAUCAUGCAAUUGACUUCAAUAUUUUCGAGGGCAUGCAAGUUCAUGGAGUUCCAGAGACUACAAUCUGCCGAGGACGCGUCGUUUGGGUCAAUGGACAAUUGAGAACUGUCCAAGGAGCCGGUCGUUUUGUACCAUUGGCUCCAGAUUCACAAAUUGUUUUCUCUGCUGUUGAUAACCGCGGAAAGGCGUUGGAGCCAGUGAAAGUGGAACGAGCUCCAUAUGAGGCAACAUCUGCCUUGGCUGCUCCUGAUGCUAAUGCUAACACUGUUGUGAAAACUCUAGCAAGAACUGCCAUCCCUCCGGGCGGUAUCAGCAGCAUUCAAUUCUGA